AGACAUGAGCGUCUCGUCAUUAUAUAAAACAUAUCUGAUUAUGAGCGUGGGAUAAAUCUCUUGAUGAAUCAUACAUACCCUUACCUCGGUGUGACUGGAGCAUUUUCCUCCGAAUUAACGGCAACGUUUGGCUUCAAUCUCUUAACUUUUAAAAGUGUUGAAUUACAACUAUUUGCAACGAAAUGAAGCGGUAUGUUUUUCUGGGUGUUCUUUCGAUGUAUUACCUCCAGGUGUCAAGCUCGAGCUCUGCCGCGCACGGGUGUUUCUGCCAGGUGACCGGUAGCUUGGAUGACUGCGCUUGUGAUGUGGAGACAAUUGAUGCCUUCAACAAUGAGCGACUCUUCCCCAAACUUCAGAAGCUGCUUGAGUCCGACUAUUUCAGGUUUUAUAAGGUGAACCUGAAUAAGCCAUGUCCAUUCUGGACAGACGAUGGCCUCUGUGGGCAAAAGAACUGUGCCGUGAUCCCAUGUCCACCAAAUGAGGUUCCAGAGGGAAUCAAAACAAAUGGCCAUCACAAUAAGUACUCGGCUGAAGCAAACAACCAGGAGUGUGAGAAGGCUGAGACGCUUGGAGCAGUGGACAGCUCCCUCAGUAAGGAGACCAGACAGGCCCUUCUGGAAUGGAAUAAGCAUGAUGACGAGGCAGAGCGAUUCUGUGUGAUUGAUGAUGAGGAGUCUCCUGAUUCCCAGUAUGUGGAUCUACUGCUAAAUCCAGAGCGCUUCACUGGAUACAAGGGGCCCGAGGCCUGGCAAAUCUGGAACAGCAUCUAUGAGGAGAACUGCUUCAAACCAUACACUGUGAAGCGACCUCUAAAUCCUAUGGCAUCUUACAGUGGAACUGAUGGGAAGACAUUUUACAGUUGGCUGGAUGGCCAGUGUGUGGAAAAGAGGGCUUUCUUUAGGCUCGUCUCUGGGCUCCACUCUAGCAUCAACAUACACCUGAGUGCCCGGUACCUCCUAGAUGACAACUGGUUCCAGAAGAAGUGGGGUCACAAUGUCUCUGAGUUCCAACAACGUUUCGAUGCCCAGCUGACCAACGGCGAGGGCCCAAAGAGGCUGCGCAACCUCUACUUCCUCUACCUGAUCGAGCUGCGUGCCCUGGCCAAAGUCCUGCCUCUUCUCCAGCGCCCCUCCUUCCAGCUCUACACUGGCCAACCCACCCAGGACCGACAACACAAACGCGUGCUCCUAGAGCUCCUCCAGGUGGCCAAGUCUUUCCCUUUGCACUUUGACGAGACGUCUCUGUUUGCUGGGAAUAAGGAGGAAGCUGCCAAUCUCAAGGAGGAUUUCAGGCUGACCUUCCGCAACAUCUCCAGGAUCAUGGACUGUGUGGGCUGCUUUAAGUGCAGGCUCUGGGGCAAACUACAGACUCAGGGGUUAGGCACAGCCCUGAAGAUCUUGUUUUCCGAGCGACAGAUCGAGGCUCUGCCCAAAUCCAGCAGCGCCCGGCUCACUUUCCAGCUCAGUCGCCAAGAGAUAGUGUCUCUCCUCAAUGCCUUUGGAAGGAUUUCAACCAGCAUCAGAGAGUUGGAGAACUUCCGAUCACUGCUGUCUAUGGUCCGGUAGCCUGAACCCACACGUCCCUACAGAGAGCCACAUACCCACAAAAGAAUAACCAGGCUGAUUAGAAAUGAUUCAAAAUACAACAGCAUGUAGCUGGGGUAUUUGGGGCUGCUGAAAGACACAAGUGAAAGUCCUGACAAGUGACUUACAAGGGAUCUAACUAAACAAACAAAGGAACAUGGGCCGUAGCCAAUCCCCUUUGAGCUACUUGCCAAUAAGGGUGUUUUCACACAGUUUUGAUCUACAGUUCGAAUCAGAGUUUGAGUAUUUGUUACAUCAAAUAACACAGUUUAAUUGCAGAAUGUUCUGUUGGACCACAACUUCUGGUAUUCUUCAGUUCACGAAAAGAAAUAGCUAGCCAGCUACUAAACCCUGUUGCCCAAAGCUAACACUAUAAGCAGCCAGCUAGCUUCAUGAUGCUCGACCAGACCGGGUUGUGUUGUGAAGCUAGCCACAAUAACGAUUAGGCACAAUAGUGGAAUUUGCGGUUUGCCUUUUUGAAAGUGAUACAGAAGGUUACAAUUGGUGGAAUCCUGCCUUAUUUAGACUAGAUAAUGUCAAACAAGGUUGGAAUGUGAAGCAAUGAAAUGGGAUACCAGUCUACUUGGUGACACCCACAGAACACAACUGUGAAGAGUUUACACAAAUAUUAGCGUUGUAGCUCUUAUCGCGGGACUGUGACUGAAAUCACCUCCCCAGUCAGCCUAUUGUGUGUAUUGACAUUCAUAUUGCACUGUACAGCUUUACCUAAGGAGUGGGGAUCAAUGAAAUGGGGUAUCAGUCUACUCAAUUACCCAAGAUAUUUUUUCCCAAUGUCCUCCUCAAGAGUUAUCAGACUUGUUUUUCCUCUGGAAUAGUGUUCAAUACACACAGGUUGACAAUAAAUGUGGCUCAAUUCACAGUUCUUUCAGAGUCCCACAAUAAGAGCAACGACAGUAAUGUUCUCUGGGUGUCACUGAGUAGACUGAUACUCCAUGUCAUUGAUCCACAGUCCAUAGGUAAGCCUAGUGGUUACAGUGUUGGGCCAGUAACCGAUUCCCUAAGCUACAAAGGUUAAAAAAAAUCUGUCGUUCUGCCCCUGAACAAGGCAGUUAACCCACUGUUCCUAGGCCAUCCUGACUUGCCUAGUUAAAUAAAGGUUAUAUGUAUAUAUUUUUUUAAUGCUGUACAGUGAAAUAAGUAUGCCCCUAAUGCAAUUCUAAAUUGCAAUUCUAUUCUAAAUCCAGUGUGAAUUAAACAGAUUAUUGUCUUUUGUUGAUUUUAUAUAACAUUUCAACCUCGUUAAACAUGAUCUAUUAAAUUAUGUCAUAAUUCUA